AUGAAUAAAAAUGGAACAGCUAAAAUGAAUGAUAAUCAAAUAAGAGCCGAAGGUAGAAGGUUAUUUAAACGCUUCUAUAACAUUCCUGAUGGUGUUAAUCCUAAAACUCGUAGAAGUUAUUUAAAUGAAGCCAUAGAUGCAUAUGAAGGAUUUGACAUUUCAUCAGAAAGUGAGAGGUUAGCAAGAAUGUUAAACGUUAAUAUUGAUUUUUAUUAUUGUGACCCUCAACCAGAAGACGUAGACAUUAACAAGGUAGACUUUCCAUUAGUGGAAUCAAUAAUGAUAGAUCCAGAAUUUGAAACAGUAAAUAUUUUAUUAACACAGAGUCCAUGUGGAAAACUUCACGCUGACAGAAUUACAGACGUUGAAGCACUCACAGGAUAUAAAGUUUGCCCCUUUUGCAAAGAAGAAGUAUAUUCUAUCCGUGAUGAUCCAGAAAGGAAAAACCAAAGAAGAUUUUUAAAACAUUGUGAGAAAUGUAAAGAAAAUAAUGGAAGAUUAA